GAGAUGGUGGCCCGAACGUGCAGGCCACGCGACCAGUACUGCGGCCGAGACGGUUAUACGUGUGUCAAAAAGUGCUGCAAGCGUAACCAGAUGUACGUCCUCGAUGAUGAGUAAGAGCGCGGCGGUCGGCGGCGGUGGCUCGUCGAAUGGUGUACAUUGCUUACUACGCGUUGGACGACGAUCACGAUAGUGGUUAUGCCGACGCCGCCUAAACAGUGUGCGCAUACGAUGAAUACCGUCCGAUUGUGUUUCACCGUUACCGUCGCGUUUCUCGUUGUCACGAGUGACUGGUCAGCCACCGACGCUGAGGUCUGUUGCAACAGUAGUUCAGUCGCGAGCAGCACUGGAGUCGCGUCUUGCCAGAACAAAAAUCGAACGUUCCACAUGAUCGAGACGAUCAACGGCAAUUGUGAUGGCAAUCAGACGGCAGUGCAGGUCUGGAAGUGCUGUCCGCCAGGACAGCAGUACGAUCCGGAAGUGCGGUUUUGCGGACUGACCGGGAUGGACCGUGACGAGCACCGGUGGAGGAUGAUGCAGCGACUGUGGAACGGACUUCGGGCCGUGUCCGAUGCGGUGAUGGUGGGUUACGAUUAUGAGCAGCCAAAGUGCGAUGACAAGCAAGUGCUCGUCGACGUGCCCGCCGUGGAGGUGCGUAGGCUGAUGAAGGUGGACCCGUCGGCCGUCGAGUUGCCACCGGGUUACUGCAUCGACCUGACGCCAUCCGAUGAGAUGGUGGCCCGGACGUGCCGUCAACGCGACCAGUACUGCGGCCGGGGCAAUUACACGUGCGUCAAUAAGUGCUGCAACCAUGACCAGAUGUACGUCAACGAAGACGAUGGUUGGAAGUGCAAGCAGAGCGAGAAGCCGUUCACGAUGUCCACCUAUAAAACAGACGCGGACGGCCGUCUUGUGGGCCAGUCGAACAGCACGGUGCUGCCGUACAACGUUGAACUCCGUUGUUUCCCGAAACAAAUGCUGAAGGACGGGUUCAUGUUGACCAUGAAUGGCAGCCUUUACCUUACUGGCAAUGGCAAACUUGUACCGGAUUUCCGGUACUGCGUGGAUUAUUACGCCGAUGCCGGUGCACAGGUGGCCGCCGUCCUGCAGGCGUUCGUGUGCGACGAGAACUCACACGACAGCUGGGUGUACAUAUUUAUUCGGGCUAGUGACGUAGCGUCUGCCGUGUGCCUGACACUCACGCUAUUCGUGUACAACACACUGCCCAGCCUCCAGAACAGCCGCAACUAUUACGUAAAGUUCUACAUGGCCUGCGAGCUCGUGUCGUCGUGUAUGUACGCAAGUCAAUGGUUUACAGAAUACAUAAAAGGCCAUAAUUGCGUUCUAUACGGUUAUUUUACAUUAUUUGCAGUUCUGACAUCAAUUUGCUGGUUAAACGUAAUAUGCUUCGAUAUUUACUGGAUGUUAAGGUACAACAUUUCAAUAAACAGAAAUACAUCAAUAUCAGUUCGUACCAUUAUGUACCAUAUUUACUGUUGGGGAUUGUCAAGUAUUUGCGUAUUUACCGGUUAUUUAUUUCAACAUUCACAAAACGAAAUGCUAAUAUAUUUAGCACCUGAUAUUGGGCAUCCUGUUUGCUGGUUUAAUGACAAAACUCGCUACGGAAUUUUAAUUUUCUACCUGAUACCCUCCACUGUUAUGGUGACUACCAAUUUAACUAUGUUCUUCCUAACUGCUCUUUAUUUUUUGAGAAUUAAAUCUGAGAUCAACGGAUUCAAAGGGACACAUUCAAAACCAGAAAGUUGUCUUGUUUACAAAGAGAAAUUUGUAAUGAGCAUCAAACUAUUUCUGAUUAUGGGAAUCUCAUAUUUUCCUUGGAUACUAUGUUCUUUAUUCAAAUUUGAAGAGGGGAUCAUAUGGGACUUUUCUGAUGCAAUGACCAGUCUACAAGGAGUUUCCGUAUUUAUUAUAUUUGUGGCCAAACGAAAAGUUAUUUUGGACUUACGAAAUAAGUUUAAGGGUUCAAUGGAUCAGAGUGAAUCGACACAAAUUAACACUGUCACUGUGUCGUCAUAAAAGUGGCAGUGAACAGUGCUCGUUAAUGUUAUAAUGAUAUCUAAAUGUAAUAUGAAUAUAUUACCUAUGUAGAUAUUAUUAUAUUAUAUACUUCGUCUCUAGGCCCUAGGGCAUAAA